UCAAAGACAAUAUAUUAUUACAACGCGCAGCUCGUGGUACAACGUUGUUAAUUUUAUUUGAACUUUAAUGUGGGAAAAUAAAGAGAGUAAACAUGUUUAGUAUAAUAUAAAGACAUUGGAGUUGAGUUUAGCAGCAGAGGACUGUGUCUCUUAAAAUCUAUUUUUGUAGAAGUUAACUUUAAUUUAUACCGGUUCCCAUGGAAUCUGCAAAAGAAGAAGUUGAUACUAAGAUAAAAGUUAUGUUCUUACCAUUCGCAUCAACAAGCCACAUCAUACCAAUGGUAGACAUAGCCAGACUCUUCGCUAUGCACGGAGUCGAUGUUACCAUAAUAGCCACCCCAGUAGCCGCCUCAUUGUUCCAGAGCUCUGUUGGCCGCGACUCCUCACUCGGCCGUUCAAUCAGAACUCACGUCGUUAAGUUCCCAGCCGCAGAGGUCGGUCUUCCGGUUGGUGUAGAAACAUUCAACGCCGAUACGGCACCGGACAUGCUUCCCAAAAUUGGAAAGGGACUGAAUCUGCUGGAAAAGGAGAUUGAGAAUUUGUUUGAGGAACUGGAGGCAGAUUGCAUUGUCACUGACAUGUUCUACCCUUGGACUGUAGAUGCAGCAGCCAGGUUGGGGAUUCCUAGGUUGAUCUUACUUGCCGGGAGCUGCUUCGCUCAUUCGGCACUACACUCAGUCAAGACUUAUGCACCUCAUAAGGACAUAAAAUCCGACAGCACUGAUGACAAGUUUUCAUUGCCUGGUUUGCCGCACCGCCUGAAGAUGACACCUUUGCAGCUGCCGGAUUGGCUUAGAGAACCCAACGGCUACACCCAUUUGAUGGAGAUGAUUAGGGACUCUGAGAGAAGAAGCUACGGAUCCGUGUUUGAUAGCUUCUACGAGCUCGAAGGUGAGUACCUGGAUCAUUACAAGAAAGCCAUGGGAACCAAGAGUUGGAGCUUGGGACCUGUUUCCAUGUGGGCGAACCAAGAUGCUGCUGAUAAAGCCGGAAGAGGACAAGCCAAGCUUGAACAAAAAGGAAAAGAAGAAGAAGAUUCUGGGUGUCUUAAAUGGCUUCAUUCAAAGCCUGAGAAUUCUGUUCUGUAUGUGAGCUUUGGGAGUAUGAGCAAGUUCCCUUCUUUGCAGCUUGUUGAGAUAGCUCAAGCUCUUGAAGAUUCUGGGCACGAUUUCAUGUGGGUUGUUAAGAAAAAAGAUGGUGAAGAUGGGAGUUUUCUUGAGGAAUUUGAGAAGAGAGUGAAGGCAAGCAACAAAGGUUACUUGAUAUGGGGUUGGGCACCACAGUUGCUGAUACUGGAGAAUCCAGCCAUUGGAGGAAUUGUAACUCACUGUGGCUGGAACACGGUGAUGGAAAGCGUGAACGCGGGUUUGGCCAUGGCCACAUGGCCUAUGUUUGCUGAACAGUUCUUCAAUGAGAAGCUUUUGGUUGAUGCGUUGAAGAUUGGGGUGGCGGUUGGAGUGAAAGAAUGGAGAAAGUGGCAGCAGUUUGGCGAAGAGGUUGUGAAGAAGGAUCAGAUUGCAAAGGCCAUAGCUUUGUUGAUGGGUAAUGGAGAGGAGAGUGUUGAAAUGAGGAGAAGAGCAAGAGAGCUUAGUGAUGCUGCUAAAAGAGCAAUAAAGUUUGGUGGCUCUUCUCACACCAAUCUUCUUCAAUUAAUUCAGGAACUCGAGUCUUUGAAACUUGAUAGGAUUAAUGGAAAGUGAGAUGGCAGUGUCAUGAACCACUCAAACAAGAGCCUCUUUUAGGUUUAUUUUAGUUUUGUGUUUAUCAAGAAUCGAACUAGAGUUUUGAUAUCAUGUCAUAAAACCACUUAUUCCAAAGGCUUAAGCUGAUAAAAAAAGACAAUAUUAAUAGUUAUAUCUCUAAACAGACAGUCUCUUUUAAAUUAGUUACCAAUUUUUAAUAAGAACCCUUUUAAAUGCAUGUUUCAGGGGGUUCUAUUUAUUGCUUAGAACUUCUGGCACAACAACUGUUCUGUCUGUAAUCUGGAUUUAUGGCUUUGAUUCAACUUGCAGAAUAAAAUGCAGUUUUUUCCCUCAA